AUGGCAGAGGCCGAUGCAACCGCAGCUGGGCCUCUGAACGAACCCGCACCCAGUUACAGCCCAUCUACCUCGACUCCCUCAUCGACCAACGCACAGCAACCUUCUCCCGCUUUUGUUGCCCCCAGCGACUACCUACGGCCUCGCGAGCGCGCCCAUGGCUCAAAGUCAAGAGGUCCCAUGAGUCCCCUGGACCAUGAGCAACUGGAAGGCCUGCGAGCUAUCCGCGAAUUCCUCAAGGCCCGUACAAGCUAUGACGUUCUGCCUCUCAGUUACCGCCUGAUCGUCUUCGAUACCGCCCUUCUGGUCAAAAAGAGUCUUAACAUCCUCAUCCAAAAUGGCAUUGUCUCUGCCCCGCUCUGGGACUCAAAGACAUCGACCUUCGCUGGUCUCCUGACUACCUCAGACUACAUCAACGUCAUUCAGUACUACUGGCAAAACCCAGAUGCCCUCGCUCAAGUCGACCAAUUCCGCCUUAACAGUCUGCGCGAUAUUGAGAAGGCUAUCGGCGUACAGCCCAUCGAGACUGUCUCGGUGCAUCCUCUUCAGUCUCUCUACACGGCAUGUCGUCGCAUGCUCGAGUCUCGCGCUCGUCGUAUUCCCCUUGUCGAUGUCGAUGAUGAAACACAACGCGCCAUGAUAGUCAGUGUUUUGACCCAAUAUCGCAUUCUCAAGUUCGUCGCUGUCAACGUCAAAGACACCCAGAACUUGCGCAAGCCUUUGCGGGAUAUUGACUGCGGCACCUAUGGUGACCUGCAGACGGCCACAAUGGAGACUCCUGUCAUGGACGUUAUUCAUUUGCUUGUUAAGUACAGCAUAUCCAACGUCCCUAUUCUGGAUAGCGAUGGCGGCGUUGUCAACGUCUUCGAAGCAGUCGAUGUCAUAUCACUUAUUAAGGGUGGUGUAUAUGAUGACCUGAACUUGACCGUUGGUGAAGCUUUACUUAAACGAUCCGAGGAUUUCCCUGGCAUUUUCACUUGUACCCUGAACGACCGUCUGGACUCCAUCUUCGACACAAUUCGCAAAUCUCGCGUUCAUCGCUUUGUUGUGAUUGAUGAGGACAAGAGGCUCAAGGGCCUACUUACAUUGAGUGAUAUCUUAGAAUACGUACUUCUCGAAGGCGAAGGAGAUGAGUUAUGA